AUGAUGCAUGAUAAAGAGGAGAGAAAUUUAAUGAAAUUUCAUAACAUAUCAGUAAUUGAUGUUUAAAGAUUUAAUAAAACCACUACAAUUAUAAAGAAAGGAAGAGAUUUGAUAUAGUCUAAAUCUUUUGAUAUUAGAAUAGAAAUAAACUUUAGAAAAUUAUAGGUGGAAAAGGAAGAAUCCUCAAAAGAACUUAAUAAAUCAUUAAACAACUUUUUUUAACCUUAAAAUUAGGUACAACAGUAUCUAGAUGAUAUUGAAGAAGGAAACAUUAUUUAGAAUAUCAUUUAGUAGCAUAGUAAACCUAAUUUUGUCAUAUAUACGAGGAAAAUAUAAAUGAUGAAUUAAAUGGAUAGAUGUGGAUUAUAUAAAAUUAUAGCAUUUAUAAUCAAAGAAGGAUAUACAUCUAGAAAAGUAUAUUAAUUAAAUAUUAUUAAUAGAAAAGGAUUAAGUAAUUAGAGAAAACUCUAGGAGAAUAGACUGCGUUUAAUUUAAAACAAAAAAGGAGGUGGAAAAAAUGA